CCAAGAGCUAAAAUUGGUUUCGUGAUGAGAGAAAGUGAAGGAGCAAGUCGUUGCGAUCUGUGCUCUCGUCUUCUUGGACGGAAUGAAGAAAUGGACCCGCUUAUCACUUCCACUGACUUUCCAAGUAAUUCGACCAACGACUCUACAACCUUCAACGACACCGAUUUAUACAGGAACCAGUUUGUGCAACCAGUUUGGAGGAUUGUACUCUGGGCAGUGGCUUACAGCACAAUUGUCAUCGUUUCCGUGGUGGGCAACAUCACGGUGAUAUGGAUCAUUUUGGCGCACCAGCGCAUGAGAACAGUGACUAACUAUUUCCUUGUAAACUUGGCUUUCGCUGAAGCGUCUAUGUCCGCUUUUAACACCGUUAUAAACUUUGUCUACGCGGUGCAUAAUGAGUGGUAUUUCGGCCUCUAUUACUGUCAGUUCCACAACUUCUUUCCGAUAGCCGCAGUCUUCGCUUGUAUAUGUUCAAUGACCGCGAUUGCGCUCGACAGAUACAUGGCCAUCAUCCAUCCCCUGAAGCAGAGGAUGUCUGCGACUCAGACAAAGGUGAUCAUUGGGGUGAUCUGGGUGUUGGCUCUUCUCCUGGCCUUUCCCCAGUACUACUAUUCCACCACGGACCAGCUGCCUGGGAGGGUCGUCUGCUACAUCGAAUGGCCUGAGUACACACUGCUGGACUUCAAAAAGAUGUACUACGUGUGUGUAGCAGUCCUGAUUUACUUCCUUCCUCUCUUGGUGAUGGGCUGUGCUUACCUGGUGGUGGGUUUGACUCUGUGGGCCAGUGAGAUUCCUGGUGAUUCAUCGGACCGUUAUCAGGAGCAGCUGGCUGCCAAACGCAAGGUGGUGAAGAUGAUGAUUGUUGUGGUGUGCACCUUCGCGGUUUGCUGGCUCCCCUACCACGUGUUUUUUCUGAUUUAUCAGUUCCGCCCGGACCUGUCUGAACAUACCUUCACUCAGCAGGUCUAUCUGACCAUCAUGUGGCUGGCAAUGAGCUCCACUAUGUACAACCCCAUUAUCUACUGCUGCCUCAAUGACAGGUUUCGCGCCGGGUUCAGGCAAGCGUUCCGCUGUUUCCCGUGCGUCCCUGAGGGAUCCUAUGAGGGCCUGGAGCUCAAGUCCACCCGGUACCUUCAAACCCAGACGAGUCUAUACCGGGCCAGUCGAAUGGAGACCACUGUGUCCUGUGUGAUGCAGCAGUGUGAAGACGGCCAGAAGGUUACCUUCGGGAGCAUCAAAGGGGCCACGGGGAGACAGGCAGGUCACAGCCCUUCCAGAGAUCUCACCUCCAAUGGUUCAUCCUCUCGUAGCAUCUCCAAAACCGUGUCUGAGACCUCCAGCUUUUACUCCAGUAAUAACCUAGCGGAAUAGGAACACAGAGUGCCAUUAGAGGAGAAAAGCCACCGUCUUAUCUGGAGAUGUAAUCUUUUAUUGAUGCCUCACAUAUUCUGUCCCUGUGUCGAUUUUUCCGCGAGCAGUGUAUGUUGUGCGUGUGCACACGCGUGUAUUAUAGCUGGUUAAGUGCAUAAAGUGUUACACGUUUUCUUCAUUUUUCAUUCUUGGAGCACUCUAUUUUAUAAUUCUGACUGGGGGAACAUUUACAUAGAUUUUCUUGCAGAAAGGCCUUUUUACCAAAGUGAUGUAAAUGUCCUAAACAUACUGUAUUGUGUUGACUUGUAUCUAUAUGAGGGCCUGAUUUAUUGAUCCUGCAUUCGCUGAAGACGUUUUAAAAGUUUACUUUAAUGGACAUGUGACACAGAGGAUCAAUGAGAUGCUAUAAAGGUUACAUUUCUCAUCUUGCAAGCAACAAAAUAACCUUGUGUGGGUUUAGAAAUGGGGUAGAAAGACUACUCUUGAUCCCCACAGUCCACAGACAUGGCCAGCCGAACUCAAACCAUACAUGCUUUUGGUUGUUGCAUCUUCAAAUGUACAGAUUAUGGUGCACAUCACAGCAAGUUUCUCGGAAACACGUUCAGCCUUCCAAAGCUGACUGAAGUAUAACAUGAGGGGAUGGAGAUAUAUAUUUUUAAGUUCCUCGGUGGUUUCAUGGCCAGUUAGAGCAGCUAACCAGUCUGUGAAAUGAACAUGAACAAUGUCAACUGCCAAUCUUGACACCCAAAUAUAUAAAGGACAACAUUAAAUUAGCUUUUCAAGGUGUGACUGGAAACUGCUUGCUGGUCAAAGUGCUGAAUGCCACACUGCCCUGAUUUUAUGUAACUCUGAAGGACAGAUCAAUGUGUGACCAAAUAUGUGAGGUCAGGGAUUAUGCUAAGGCUUUUAUAUUUAUUCAGUCUUUUUUCCUCUUUCUUUUCCCUUGGCUGCAUUUUUAUUAUUAUUUUCAGAAUUGAGCUUCUUCAAAAUAAUCUCAUGGCAAUUCAUAAAUAUUUUAUGAGGUGACUAAUUUGUAUGAUGUCAUUUGUACAAGUGACAGAUAAGUUUAGGGGCGGAGUUAUUAACUAUUAUUAUAGCUAUUGUUGUUGUUUUUAUAGUAAUUAUAGUAAUACUUUGUAUGAAUUCGUACGAAUUAGACACCUCAUAAAAUAAGAAAAAUCCAAUUUAAUCUCAAGGUAAAAACGUAACUAUUUUACUUAUUUUGGCUAAUUUGUAUGAAUUCGUAAGAUCUCAUUUCGCGCCAGUGAAGUUAGGGUUAGGGGUGGAGUUAGGGGUGGGGCUUCAGUAUUGCUUUUUUCUAGUAAUCGUACGUAUUUGUACGAUUCACACAUACGAAUUCAUACAAAUAAGCGACCUCGUAAAAUAGAUACAAAUUCGUGUGAGAUCAGGUUGAAAAAGUUCUGUGUGUGUGAUCAGACUUUUUCAUUCCUCGUUGCUACACAUAAACUUUACAGAAUAAUGCCAACGGAAUACAUCAUAGAUUUUUGGAAUGUGUAGGUUUCGUAAAAAUUUGCUGGGACUAUGGUAAAAAAAUAUUUUUAUAAUGGCAUUAGUAAGUUUAUAGUUCUUUCAAAUAACUUACAAGUAACUUAAAAGUGAAUUAAAACUUUGAACUAUAGGAUUAGAAACAAAGUUGAUCACAGUCGAAUGUAAAGUAAAGGUUUACAGGUUUAAAAGUCAAUUUUUAUUAUUUUUAUUGUAUUGAAGAAAUUCUUCUUCUUCAUAAAACACAUGCCCGCACACACGCACGUCAUCACCUUGGCGAAAAGCCAGAGUAAAAUGAGCUCUUAGGGACCUCUCAACACACUCGCCGAGUUUGUUUAGAUAUUAACCUGGAUACCGUCAUAGCAAUAUGAUCCUCACGAUACAAUAUGUUACACAAGACUGUGACUGGGGUGAGGGGUUUAUAAAAGUUACAGGAAAUAUGUGGGAUUAGGGGGGAGAGGUCGGACACCUGCUGUUUGUUUCGGCCAGAAUCGGUGAGUGACAGCGGUGUCCGUUUUCCAAGACUGAGAAUGCCGUUCUGACUGAGCGUCUCUCCAGUGUAUUUGUGGGUCUGUUCUUAGCUCUUUCAUGAACCACACCCUGUUCCUGAUCUUUAAAGAGACUCAGAAAUCUUUUCGACACAUCCGACAAUGCUUUUUUCACAAUCGCAACCGUUUCUCGCUCUCACGCAUCACUGGCAUGUCUCAACAUCUGAUCUAUACACUCAAAACCUAUUAGCAACUCCUGUUUUGCAAAGAAUGUGAAAUGCAAAAAGAGGAUAACAUCAUUGUAAAAAGACACAUGAAACUACAUAAUAUACUAAGACUUGUAUUCAGUGAAUAUAAAUGUUUAUUUUGUUUUGCAAAUUGGUUUGUCUCGUCUGAGCACGAACCGUGUUUUUGUUUCAAUUUACCCAAUAUUUCAAUCAAUUUAGUUUGAUUUAGUCAGUCAAUUUGAAUUCAGACUUGUUGCUCAAGUAAAUUUAAGGAUGUUUAAAUUGAUUCACUUGAAAACAAGCCAAAAACACUCAUUAAGGUUAUUUUGCGCCGCUGCAUAUUUAAAAAGUAAGACGUGAGUUAUCAAGGUGUGUUUUUUCUGCCAGUCUGGGUUUGCUGUGUCUCUAUGGGCCGUAUUUGUCUAUGCGCCUCUGAGCACAGGAGAAUUGGAUCUCAUCAUCUCCAUCUCUCUAUAAUCAAAGUAAUUACUCAACAGACAAGAACACGGAGGGCAGGACAACAGCUGUGUAUGAAAGCACUGAAACACAUCCACCCGCCAGCAUACUUCAUUUCCCCCCCGCCAUUCGGCAUGGCUGCUUAAUUUCACUUUAAAUUCUGGUACUCUUCACGUCUGUAUGUAAACACGUAUAGCGAGUGUGAGCGUUUGUUUAGACGUUCCUCUACAUUAGGACAGCUGGUAGAGUUCAUCAUUUAUUCACAAAGUAAGAUGUGCUUUGAUUUGCAGCCAGCACAGGAGGCCUCGCAACAGUGGACCGCUGGUUCCGCUGGCUUGAAAUCGUACAGAACACCCAGAUCAUUUUGGAUCUUGUAUCAGAAUCCUGGGCAGACACUUUCAUUAGUAACAAUAAAGGGGGUCGUAUCGUAUUUUUAAUUCAUUUUCAAUAGCAAUUUUGAACCUUAUUUCUGACCUUUAGAAUUGAAUGAUUUGCUUUAUGAUGCUGUGACUUUACAUGUACACAUUCUCUUUGCUGUUGUGUUGCGUGUUUUCUGUCUUAUAUAGUUGGACCUGAUCUAUCAACAGUCUCCUUGCAAAGUCUUUUCUGCUUCGUGAGAAAACGUUUAUCUUGAGAAUGUAGAACCAAUAGUAACAGUUGGAAUGAUGUGAUUUCAAUAGACAGUCACUUUAAGCGGUCUGUUUUAAAAUGUUGUUUACAUACAUCCUUUAUUUUGAUUGAUCAAGGAACAUUUUAUUCAUCUAAUAAACUCCUGAAUUGACACCGUAAAUAAUAAUGUUCCAUUAUAAAAAGCUUGACAGGUCAUUCAUUUCUAUCUAUUCAAAUAUGGUAGUUAAAAGACGCCAUUAAACUUUGGUUCAUGUAUUUUCAUAUACAGUGCUUAACAAUUUUAUUAGACCACCUGUCAUAAUGAAGGGAAAAUUCUAAUAUUUUAGGAAUCUGUCAAAAAAGUUUUUAAAACUAAAACAUUUUUUAAAUAAAUAUCUUUAUUUAGACAACCAAAAAACGUAAUAUUUUGUAUGGCUUCCGUUGGCCUUGAUAACUGCUUGCAUUUUUGAUGUACUUUUUCUCUGUUGUUUCUGACUGUAAUUGGGCAUCUGAAUAAAAAACACUG